UGCCUAUAAAUAGACCAACUUGGUUUCGCCAAUCCUACCAACAAUCCAUCCCCUGAUCAUUUAUUUCUCCACACAGCUCUCUCUUUCUCUCAGCUUUAUUCUGCAAUGGCUAACAACGGCCCCGGUGCUCAGGUGGCGAGGUACGUCGGCGCCAAACUCACCCGCCACGACUUCCCGCCGGACUUCAUCUUUGGUGGCGCCACCUCCGCUUACCAGGUGGAAGGUGCUUAUGCACAGGAUGGUAGAUCAUUGAGUAAUUGGGAUGUUUUUGCCCUACAGAGGCCUGGUAAAAUUGUUGAUGGUUCCAAUGGUUGUGUUGCGAUUGAUCAUUACAAUAGAGUCAAGGAAGACGUGAGGUUGAUGAAAAAAUUGGGCUUAGACGCUUACAGAUUUUCUCUCUCAUGGUCAAGAAUAUUGCCUGGUGGAAGAUUGAGCGGUGGUAUCAACAGAGAAGGCAUUAAGUUCUAUAAUGAUCUAAUUGACUUGUUGUUGGCUCAAGGAAUUGAGCCUUUCGUAACCAUCUUCCACUUUGAUGUUCCCCAAUGCUUGGAAGAGGAGUAUGGUGGCUUUUUAAGCCCUAGGAUUGUGCAAGAUUUUGUUGAGUUUGCAGAACUAUGCUUUUUUGAAUUUGGUGAUCGGGUAAAAUAUUGGAUCACACAAAAUGAGCCAGUUACAUUCGCCAAAAAUGGAUAUGUUCUCGGAUCUUUUCCACCUGGUCAUGGUUCAACUUCAACACAUCCACGUCCAAAAAAUGCUGUAUUACAUAGAUGUUGUCGUGGAGUCGACAGGACUUGUUAUGGUGGAGAUGCAGGAACUGAACCAUAUAUUGUGGGACAUCAUUUGAUUAUUGCUCAUGCUGUAGCUGUUGACAUAUACAGAAGAAACUAUCAGGCUGUUCAAGGUGGAAAGAUUGGGGUUACCAAUAUGUCAGGAUGGUUUGAACCUUAUAGUAAUACUCAAGCUGAUAUUGACGCUGCCUCAAGAGCUGUCGAUUUUAUGUUGGGAUGGUUUGUAGCACCAGUAGUAACCGGUGACUAUCCUCCGGUUAUGAGGGAACGAGCAGGAAAUCGACUACCUAAAUUUACACCAGAACAAGUUAAAUUGAUAAAAGGAUCCUUCGAUUUUAUGGGAUUGAAUUAUUACACAACUUAUUGGGCAGCAUAUGACCCUACCGCACCCGGUACACCACCAACUUAUAUGACGGACCAAGAAGUUGAAUUCUUUAUGGAGCGAGAUGGGGUUCCAAUUGGCGAACAGGCUGCCUCAGAUUGGUUGUACAUUGUGCCAUACGGAAUCCGAAACCUUAUUCUUCACACAAAGAAUGUCUAUAAUGAUCCUAUCAUUUACAUCACGGAGAAUGGGGUGAAUGAAAAGAAUGACAGGAGCCUUACAAUUGCCAAAGCUAUAAAGGAUGAUUACAGAAUCAAAUUCCAUCAAGAUCAUUUGGCCUACGUAAAGGAAUCCAUAGAUUUGGGAGCGAGGGUCAAGGGUUAUUUCGCGUGGUCAUUGUUUGAUAAUUAUGAAUGGGCAGAAGGAUACUCGGUUCGAUUUGGAAUGUUUUAUGUAGACUAUGUCAAUGGUUACACCAGAUAUCCUAAACAGUCAGCUAUAUGGUACAUGAACUUCCUGAACAAAAACGCCCUUCCACGUACCAAGAGACAAAUUGAAGAAAUUGAAGACGAUACCACAACAACGAAAAGAAAGAAGGGUCGUUAAGCGUUAACCCAAUAGUCAAGCGUAGAAGAGAUGCUUCGUCUUUGAGUCGUGCCCUUUGCUUGAUUAAGUUUUAUGGCUUUUCUGUUUGGUUCCUUUUAUGGGAACUUAGGGACAAUGUCAUGUCUUGUAUUCUCAAAUAAGCGCUUGAAGCGCCUGUUAUAGUGGUAAUGUUGUUGUCUGUCGAGUAAAAAUCACGUACAUCUGUUAGUACUUCUCGUGUAUGCAUAAGUCACAAAUGAAAGAAAAUGGAAGUCUUUUAUUAA